CUGCGAGAGCGCGAGCAGCGCGCUCCCGCUGCCCGCGUCGCCAUCUUUUUCCCCCUCUGUCCGUCUGUCUGCCGUUGGCUUUGUCCGUCCACCGCGACGCCCCUCGCCUCCCCGCCGCGGACCCGGCCCGUCGCCACCCUCUGCCCGCCGGGGUCCGGUCCCGGAGAGCCCCGGCCCCGCCAACCCGAGCUGCGGCUGGGGCCCAUUGUCCCACGGUCUGUCUGUCCGGAGGCGGGGCCCAGGGACGCGGAGCGCCGAGGCAGAGGAUUCACAUCACUUGGAUUCAGGCGAGUUUACUUUGCUCCGUGGGACCGCACCAGAGCUGGAGGUGUGAAGUCUCAUGAGGUGCCAUCUGGUCAGUUCCCCAGUGGGCCACUAGGAGGACCCGGAGACACAGUGGAUGCGAUGCGGCUGCCUUCCUGAAUCUGCAGCCCUGUUGCUGCAGAUUUCAUCUCUCUGCCUUGUAGCUUUAGUACUGAACUGUUGUCUUGCUAAGAUGAUCUAAACAGUUACUUGGCUCAAGCUACUUGGCAUUCUUUCAAAUAGAUUUCAUUACCUCUCUCAGAGCUUCAGUUCCUGAUCUUUAUGGGGGUCUGAAAAGAACUGUGUUUGGUAUGCAGAUAUGAUAGAAGACUGCCUGAAAGCUGCUUCCUUUGCCACUUCCUGUGGAGGCCUGUCUUUGCCAUUUGCGGUUUCUUUCUUCUUUUGGUUAGCACCUCACAAGGAGGUAGUGACAUAUCCAGUGGUGAAACUGGGAAAGACCAGAGCUUUUAUAUCAGGGAAACAUGUCCCGUAGGAAACAGACAAAUCCAAAUAAAGUUCACUGGGAUCAAGUAUUUGCUGGGCUAGAAGAACAAGCCCGACAAGCGAUGAUGAAAACUGAUUUUCCUGGAGACCUUGGCAGUCAGCGACAAGCUAUCCAACAACUAAGAGAUCAGGACUCCAGUAGCAGUGACAGUGAAGGUGAUGAAGAGGAGACCACACAAGAUGAAGUAUCUUCCCACACAUCAGAGGAAGAUGGUGGGGUAGUCAAAGUGGAGAAAGAAUUAGAAAAUGCAGAACAGCCUGUUGGUGGUGGGAAUGACGUAGUAGAGCAUGAGGUCACAGAAAACCUAAAUUCUGACCCCUUGCUUGAACUCUGCCAGUGCCCCCUCUGCCAGAUAGACUGUGGGAGUCGGGAGCAACUGAUUGCACACGUGUACCAGCAUACUGCAGCAGUGGUGAGUGCCAAGAGUUACAUGUGCCCUGUCUGUGGACGGGCCCUUAGCUCCCCAGGGUCUUUGGGUCGCCACCUCCUAAUCCAUUCGGAAGACCAGCGGUCUAACUGUGCUGUGUGUGGAGCCCGUUUUACUAGCCAUGCCACUUUUAACAGUGAGAAACUUCCUGAAGUACUUAAUAUGGAAUCCCUACCCCAAGUCCACAGUGAGGGCCCCUCCAGUGCUGAAGGGAAGGACAUUUCCUGUAGUCCUCCAGUAUAUCCUGCUGGAAUUCUGCUUGUGUGCAACAACUGUGCUGCCUACCGCAAGCUACUGGAAACACAGACCCCCAGUGUGCGCAAGUGGGCCCUCCGUCGACAGAAUGAACCUUUGGAAGUACGGCUACAACGACUUGAACGAGAACGCACAGCCAAGAAGAGUCGGCGAGACAAUGAGACCCCAGAGGAGCGGGAGGUCAGACGCAUGAGGGACCGUGAAGCCAAGCGCCUGCAGCGCAUGCAGGAGACAGAUGAGCAGCGAGCUCGCCGGCUACAGCGAGACCGUGAGGCCAUGAGGCUGAAGCGGGCCAAUGAAACCCCAGAGAAGCGGCAAGCCCGACUCAUCCGGGAGCGAGAAGCUAAGAGGCUCAAGAGGAGACUGGAGAAAAUGGACAUGAUGUUGCGAGCUCAGUUUGGUCAGGACCCUUCUGCCAUGGCAGCCUUAGCAGCUGAAAUGAACUUCUUCCAGCUGCCUGUGAGUGGGGUAGAGUUGGACAGCCAGCUUCUGGGGAAAAUGGCUUUUGACGAACAGAACAGCAGCUCUCUGCACUGAACCACACCCUCCUGCCUGACUUCCCACCUACUCCAGCCCAUUAGGGAUCAGUGCUGCUGUCACCCAGGAGACCACAGUCCUUGCUGCCACAGGCAGGCCCGGGUUGGUUGCAGGGAAACCUGUGCACCCUCUGCAUGUGGGAACAUGAUGGGGUCAGGAGGGACCCAGCUCAAGGCAGCUCUGGACAAAGAAAGGAGCAGGCACUCCAGAAACCUGGACUCCUCAGUCCACUGUGGCAGGCCAGGGUUAUGGGACUGUAGGACCCCAGUACAGUCCAUGAAGCUGUGAGGGCAAAUAAAUUAAUUUUAUCUUUACUGGC